GUUAAUAAUCAUGCUUUCCGCUUCCUCCACCACCCCUUUCCGGAAGUAUGAUGUCUUUCUCAGUUUUAGUGGCCAAGACAUCCGCCACAGUUUUGUUAGUCAUCUCCGCGAAGCCCUGUGUCAACACCAAAUCAAUACUUUCAUGGAUGAAACCCUUGAAAUAGGAGAAGAAAUCUCUCUUACCCUCCUCAUGAAAAAAAUUGAAGAAUCAAAUAUUUCAGUAGUUAUUUUCUCCAAAAGCUAUGUUUAUUCUCAUUGGUGUUUGGACGAACUCGUAAAAAUACUCGAAUGCAAGGAUUCCAUGCAGCAAAUAGUUUUGCCAAUUUUUUACCACGUGGAUCCCGAAGAUUUUCAAGAGCUCAAAGGAAGUAUUGGGGAUGCACUUGCUAAGUAUAAAGAAGAAUUCAUGAACAGUUCCGACAAGGUUGAGAGAUGGAGCCAUGCGUUGAUGGAAAUAGCCAAGGUAACAGGGUGGGAUUCAAAGAACAUCAAGCCUGAGUCCAAAUUGAUUAAGUUAAUUGUCAACGACAUUUGGAAGAAACUGAAUCAAAUGACCAUAAAUGAUUUUGAUCAUGGCUUAGUUUGAAUUGAUUCGCGCAUCAAAGAAGUUGAGUCAUUAUUAUGCAUUGGAUUAGAAGACGUACCUUCCCUAGGAAUUUGGGGAAUUGGUGGUGAGGUAAAACAACCAUUGCUGGGGUUUUUACGCAAUCAAAUCUCUGCUUAAUUUGAGAGUCAAUGCUUUGUUGCAAAUGUAAGGGAAGAAUUAGAAAAGCGCCCCACAGUUCAUUUACGAGAUGAAAUCCUUUCCAAAGUGUUGCGGGCAGAUAUAAAGAUUGGCACACCUAAUGU